GCGGUGUUGCUCCUGCUGUUGCGGAGCGGCAGCACCUGGAGGUCGGUGAUGGGCGAGUGAUCGACGAUGGUGAUGUCCAGGCUGAGACGGCUGACCAGCUGCAGCGGCCUAAGACUGGUCACGUGCUCGUAGUAUCCCAGACGGCGCUCCAGGAGCUCCUCGUAGGUUAGCAGGAAGAUGGCCCGGUUCCUGCCUGGGAUGUUGGCCGCCAUCUUGAACACCUCCACCUCCGGCUCAGGACUUGGGGGGAGGACAAGGGUGAGACGGGGGUGAGUAAAAGGUUACUACAAGAGGAUAAAUUUCAUUAAAAUAUUUGUAAUGUCUGGCCAGGGUUGGCGUUUUGUCAGAAAUGUUUUCUCGUGGACUUAAAGGGGUUAUGCAAACGUAAAAAGCUGAUUUAUACUCAGAAUUGUUUGUCAUUUAAGUUCAAGGUAAGGUGAAAAGGGAGGCAUUCAAAUACAUUCAAACUGAUUAGCUGUUAGUUCUCAUUCAUUAAAUGGAAAACAAAAACCAGCCCAGCAACCUAAUACUGUAAAAUACCCAUGAUAGUACUGAACGUGGUUUAAUCUGCUUUAUAUUUAUAUAAAAACAGAUCUGUUUCUGCAGCAGCUCAGCUGACACCUCUCAUGUCUGUUUCAGGCAAUAAAAAUAACACCAUGAAAACUGCCAAUCUUGCCACUGAUGGUCUCUUGUAUGUCAUAAAAAGGCCCUAAUGUGAAUUUCAGUUUAUUUUGUAAACAUAAAAAAACUCCUUAUAGGAGCUUUAAAUUUGGCUCAGACCAAAAGAAAUCAGUCUGUGUUUCUAACUCAUGUUUAUACAGUUUCCUUUUUGCAUUGUAUUUAUUUAACCUUUGUGUACUAAUGCAGCAAUAUCUAAAAAUAAUGGUGUUUGAGAGUGAUUUUGAGCACAUGCAGUGACUUCCACUACAGAGUCAUGUCUGUUUUGACUGCUGGGCUGCCCAAGGACCUAAAGAUCACAGCUAUCCAGUAACCAGCUAUUAGUCUUAUCCCUUUUUUAAGUGAUUUUUCCAGAUUUUCUGAAUUGUUUCAUGACAUUAUAAACUAAAAGGGAUAAAAUACCAAUUUUUUUUUUUACGCUCAACAUUAUUGUUGGACUGUUUGCUCAAGGGGUCUCUCACAGAGUGGUGAACCUCCUCCCAUCUGUACAUCAGAGAGACUCUUCAGUUUGAUAUUUGAUUUGUUGUUUUUCACUAUUUUCAAUUGAAUACAUAGUUUAAAUGAUUUGCAAACCAUCAAAGUCUGUUUUCAUCAACAUUUUACAAAUGAACAUCUCGAUUCUGCUUUUAAAUCCACCUCUUGACUGAAAUUUAAAGGUUAAAUAAACUGAAAUCACCAGAGCAGCAGCUGUCAAAACAAAAGCAUCAAUUAUGCGGAGGAGGAGGAGGAGUGAGAUGAACCAUCCAAGAGGUGACAUGAUGAGUCUAAAAGAGCUCCAUUCUCAUCUCACGUCCUCCUCACUCCUUCCAUCCUCGUCUCCUCUGCCCUUUCCAGCCGACUCACUGAAUGACUAAAUCUCCUCUAAUGAAAAUGUCACUUUUCUCAUGACAGCUGGAAGCUUGAGGUCACUUCUUCCACGUCUCUGUCACUUGUUGGGCAGGAUAUUCAUAUGAAGAAAUCUCUGGAGGAAUGAUGUUAUUUCACCCUCACAUACACUGAGUCUCUGUGUCCGCCUAAAAGAGCUCUAAGUCCGGUUAUUAUCAGUCUCUGUUUGCAAAAUAGGAACAUUAGAGGUUAAGAGAGCUGCUGUGUAAUUAGGAGGAGACAGCAGACAUACACACACACACUUGCACGUGCACACACAUACACACGCACUCACCCUGAGGUUCCUCUUACCUUGCAUCACCUGCCUCUUUGUUCCUCGCCUUUCCGUUCUCCUGUUUGACCCUCUUUUCCUUCGGCCUGACCUCGCUCUGGUAGACCCGCCCUCCAAUGAUCCUGGUUCAUAGGGGUCAAAGGUCGAGGAUUAGAGCCCUGCUCAUAAUCAGGACCACCUAUUGUCACGUUUCAGUCGGGUUUUCUCGAACAAAAGGACAAAAUUCUUGAACCAAAUCCUGCCGUUACCUUUUUUACGGGCCGCAGUGCUGCACAUGAAUGAACUCCAGGGUCAGUUUUUGAGUGUGAACAGCAGUAUAGAAGUUUCCUCCUUACUAACAUCUCCAUAACAACAGAAACAUCAUAAAUCCUUCCAGCCAAUAAUACCAUUUAAAACGUCCAAAUCUGCUUAGAUUGAACAGUUAGUGGGGACAGCCUGUACAGUGGGCUGAUUGGACGAUCUUAUUAUGGGAGCUUUUAUUCUUAAAUAAGGUGUUUUAAGGUAAACUAUGGGCUGCUUUUCUGUUUACUUAAUGUUUUAGCCUCUGUGCUGCUUUUAGAAAGAAACACAUUUACUGUCGGCUAUGACUGUUAGUUAAACAAGAGUGCGCCACAUUGUCAAAUUUAAUAAACUAAUUUGUGAUAAACUCUUCAAUCAUCUCAACUAGUGGAGCAAAAAAGAUUUUACGAACUAGAAAGUCAACACUUACUCUAAUUUUGAUUUUUUUAUAUUGUCUGCUGAGGAUUUUGUGCAGGAUAAAGUAAUGUCCACACAAUUUAAUAUUCUGUAGAAACAGCUUAUUAUCUUGUUCACACAAGAUACUUUUCAGCUUUUGCAUGAUAUCAUUAUAAUGUGAGAACAAGUUAUGAUCUUGUAAAGAAGUUAGCUUGUUCACAAGAUAACAAAAGUUCUCAAAUGAAAAUGAUGUGUGCCGCACGUUAAAAUAUUACAGUACAAACAUAAAUUACUUGUGGGACCAAGUUAUUUAUGUUUCGCAGACAUGAUAAAUGAACCUAAACCUACAAGUUUUAAUCCAUUUAACUGUUAAACUGUAGAAGUUGAAUUUUAUGAAGUUAAUUGAUGUUUCUGUUGAUUGAUUGCUGGAUGUGCACUGUGUUUUGUUCAUGUCAGAACAGUACAGCAGUAUUUUUAUUUUUUCUCUCCUGAGUUGUUUUGUUUAUGUGGGACAGUGUAUGAAUUUGUGUAUGGCUGUUGUCUUUGUGUAUUUUUUUUUUCAACUCACUGCAAAUGAUUUCCUCAUGAGGACAAUAAGCUCAACUUAUUGGUUCCAUUUGAAAAAAAAGUUUUAAAGUGUUUAGAGGAAGCAUUUGUUUGAAAAAAGUGGAAACAAAGUGAGUAAAACCCAGUAUUUGUCUCUUAUUGCUCCUCUUUUGUGACUUCAGCUCCACUGUCUAAUGUCCCCUGUGUGUCUCUUACAUGGUGAAGUUGGAGACAUAGGCUCCUGCAGGGAUCUGAAACUGGAAGACGCCCUCGGUGGCAGCUGUGUGCCUGUUGAGCAUUGAGCAGUACACUGCUGUGAAGGCGUAACGGGAGAUGAUGGUAGUCUUGAUGGAAAACUCUUGGAUGUGAGGUUUGGUCUCCUGCAAGACAGAAAACCCACGAGCCCUUUAACGUCACGCAGAUGUUUGUCAAGAAAUGCCAAUUUGGCGCAGAUUUUACGCGAUCCUGCUGAGCGUACACGAAGUUCCCAAAUUUAUUUUUGAUUAGAAAAUAAGAAAAGUGAAUUCCCCCCACAGUAACAACAACCAAACAUAAGCAGAGGAAUGUCUUCCCAUGAGCUCAGAGCAGUCGGUGCAUUACAGAUACUCUGGCACAUCUGCGCGCUUGGCUGAUCUCUGGCGCGUCACGCCCAACGCGCACAAGUUAAAGAUGACAAAAUAUGCUUGUAAAUAACUUCAACUAGGUCAUGCAUUCUAGGUCAUCGUAAGAAAUAUGAUUUUCCGUUAAAAUCAGGUGUUGUCUCAACGGAGGAAGAGACAGCAGACUCUAAAUACCUCCUACACUGUCACAUUAUUGAGGCUCUAAAUGGUGUCGAUACAUAAACCAAAUGAUCACCUGCAGUAAUAGGACAGUGUUUCUAGUUCUAUAUUCCAAACAAAUCAUAGGAAUCUGAGUUUUGAACAACUUUUACUUGUUUAGUUUUUAUUCUACACGCACAAAGUGGUGACACACUGAAAUAGUUUCAUAUCUCUGCUGGAAAAAAGUCCUUACCUUGGAGAGUAUCGCUUUCACCUGCCGUGGGACCCUGCGUGGAGCCUGUGUGCACACAAAAGACGAGUCAUAAAUGAUAUAAAGUAGGGUAACAAAAAUAGAAAAAAAUAGACCCUUUAUUUUGAAAAUUUCUUACAAUAUCUAAAUCAAAGUCUGAAAGGUCGAAAUCAAACUCAUCCCCAAACGGAGGUUCCUCCAGUUGCCCCAGGACAUUUGGGCUGAAACAAACGAGUAAAGCGAACAGCAGCAUCAUGUAAUCCUUCUUCAGUAAUAGUUAAGAUGAUAAAAUGGACAUAAUUAUUUUGAUUUCCAGCGCGAGACGAGUUUGAGUGUCCGUGAGUCCGGAUCCGAGUGACCGGGUGAGGAGUGAGGGACGCGGUGUGGAGGGUGAGAAUAACUCCCACAGACUGGAGGAGAGAGAUGCAGAGGGUUCAGAUCCAGUCUGUGAGAGAGGCUGCUGAUGCAUUCAGGCACUGUGGGAGAUUUGGUCAGGAGUUUUUGCAUUUCUUUACCAACAGACGAUUUUAUGAAUUUCAUACUUAAAAUAUCCUCCAGAGAUGCAACAUUACAUCGAUUCAUUUUCAUCUAACCUUUAUUUCUGGGCAUUAAAAGAUAUUUUUUUUUCAAACACUCUAAACAACUCCACUUUCCUCAUUUUGUUUGGCACUUAAACAUGCAUCCAGAAAAAGUGAAUGACAAUUAACUACUUAGUACUUCCUGUCUCAUGAGCUGUAAUUGUUUUAUGUCAAACAAAGUUGCACAAACCAGUAAGUUCUUUACACUACUGAAAAAAUUCACCUCAUGUCAUUUUAUUUUUUUCUCAUCUCAUUUGAUCUCAUCUUUUUUUUAUCCUAUCUUUUCAUGUCCUGUCUUAUUCUAUUUUAUCUCAUCUAAUCUAAAAUAAUCUCAUCUAAAUUUAUCUUAUUUUAUGCUAUCUCAUCUCAUCACAUUACUUCUCAUUUUUUAAUCUCAUCUCAUCUAAUCUCAUGAAAUCUGAUCCUAAUGCAUGCAAGACAAUUUCACUUUAUAUUAUCAUAUCAUAUGUUCUUUUUACAUUUCAUCAUAUCUGAUCUCAUAUUUCAAUCUAAUCAUAUUUUACUAUUUUACUUUUAUCUCAUCUAAUCUCAUCAUAUUUGAUCCUAUUUCAUCUUUUCUAAACCAAUCUCACUUUAUAUCUUUAUUAUCAUAUCUUCAUUUAUUUUAUCAUUUUAUCAUAUCUCAUCUCAUUUUCAAUCUCAUCUUACAUUUUACAUUGUUUCUAAUCUAUUCUCAUAUCAUUUUAUCUCAUUUGAUUUUAAGAUGAUCUUAUUUUAUGCUUUUUUAUCUAAUCUGAUCACAUUUCUUCUAAUUUUUUAUCUCAUCUAAUCGCAUCAAAUCUGAUCAUACUGCAUCUCUUCUAAGCCAAUCUCACUUUAUAUUAUAAUAUCUUAUGUUCUUUUGUCAUUUUAUCUCAUCUCAUUUUUAAUCUCUUCUCAUUUCACUAUUUGCAGUUUCUGAUCUAUUCUCAUAUCAUUUUAUCUCAUCUAAUUUAGAAUAAUCUCAUCUAAGAUCAUCUUAUUUUGUGCUAUUUUAUCUCAUCUUAUCACAUUUUUUUCUCAUUUCCUAUCUCAUCUAAUCUCAUCAAAUCUAAUCCUAUUUCACCUCUUCUAAACCAAUCUCACUUUUUAUUAUCAUAUCUUAUGUUCUUUUAUCAUUUUAUCUUAUCUCAUUUUCAAUCUUAUCUCAUUUUACUUUUUACAUUUUACAUUUAUAAUCUCUUCUCAUAUCAUCUUAUCUCAUCAAAUUUUGGAUGCCUGUAACUGCUGUGAGGGGGUGACCACACACAAAAUAAAAAAGCUGUUGUAACAUUUUCCACAGCAAAAAAAUCAAAGAGACUGAUUAAUUGUCCAGACAAAAAAUGACAAGAGGAAGGGUUUUUUUGUCAGGACAAGACAAAAUCAGCAACGAUAAAAGAAUCACCAUCUUUUCCACUCAGAGCGCCAAAAUCAACACAGGCAGAAAGUUCCUCACAGGAGCGUCAAUGUCCCUAAAUUAAGUACCAUUAAUACAAAUCUGAUUUAUUGUUGAUAUUAGCUGCUGUAAAUGACAUUAUAAUUCCUGCCUUUGUCUUUGCAAAGUACACAAAUAGUCUGUACCUGAGUAAAGUUUGAGAUAUUUGGAUUGAUUCAAGCCCUGAAACCCCCUGAAUUUUCUUCCAAAAAUCCAAAUUGCCCUGAUGAAAAAAAUCCCUUUAUAGCUUCUCAAUGUGUCAGAGGAGGUGUGGAUGCCAGCAGUUUGGCCUACUUUAGUGCCAUCUUGUGGGCCUGCUCCAACAUUACACCUGCCUUGUGUAAAGUAGGGAAACAUGCCAGUGAUAAAAGUUGAUCUUUAGCUUUCAUACUGUCCUGAUCUUUUAAAAUGCUGCAGAUUUUUGACUGUAAACACACCAGAUUGAUAUGUGGAUGAUUGUGCGCCCUGCUGUACAGUUUGUGACUUUGAAUCAGAGUCCCAGACUACAAACAGUCUGUGUUUGAUGUGUUUAAUCUCUAAAUGAGAUUGAUGUGUCCUAUUUACCCGGUCCACUGCAGGUCAAGUUUCAAAGUUUCCUUCUCCUCUCUGGCUUACAUCAAACACAACAAAUAUUGACUGGGGCCGGAGUCGAUCAGUUCAGUGGAUUUUAACCUCCAGUUUUCAGCUCAGCUCUCUGCAGUAGGACCCUCUGUGUCCGAGCGGCCGCGUAGUGUGUGAUUUUUUUAAUAUAUGUGAGAGUGUGAGGGAAUGUGUGUUUGAGCCCACAGGACGGGAAACAUGAGGCGUCUGCUGCUGCUGCUUCUGGGGCUCCUGCUGCUCCAUCAGGGCCGCUGCUUUGAGUUUGUGAUAGAUGGAGAGUGGGAGGAUGAGAUGGUGAGUCCCCGGCUUAUAUCUCUAAAAAACACUGUUAUGCAACUUUUUAUCAACAGGUUACAAUUUCUCCUGAACUUUAUAGUGAUGAUUUCAUCAAAGUGUGAUUUAAAAAAAAAGUAAACUAGUUGAGUGAAUAAGAAAAAGCUUAAUUUUGAUUGUGUUGUACAGGCACUUUUUAUAUCUGCAUAUUUUGAUUGGACUUAAUUCAACACUGAAAACCUUUUAAAAAAAUAGAUUUUAUGUUUUUGUGCUUUUUUAUAAAUUAAAAAUAACAGAAACAUGAAAAUGAAAACAAACUUAAUAAAUUGACAAAAAGUUUGUGUCUUAUGUCCAAAAUUUUUUUGAGUGGUAAAUUUUUGGUACAUAUAAACAUUUUAGAAUAAAUUUGAAUGAUUUCCCUUGGUGUUCACUUUUAAUAUUAUUUUUACCACACUUUUGAUGUUUUUUGAAUGUUAAACUACAUUGAAAUGUAAUUUUAAAUAAAAAAAAGAGGCUUAACUCAGAAGUUUUGCAGAAAAUCUAAAAAAUGCUCAUUCUUAUUAUUUUGUAACAUUUUAGCAUAAUAAUGACAACUUUUGGGCAUCUUGUUUUGUUAAACAUUUGAAUCCAAUUAAAGGUACUGUUGGCCGUGACCUUUGACCUUUAAAACCUUUGAGACCUUUUAAAAACCUCCCUUUUGUCUAGCUUCAUUAUGCAAAAAUGACAUGCAUGUUUCUUGAAAAACAAACAAACUUUAUUCGACCAAAGAUUUUAAAGUAAAAAUCUUACUUUUUCUUUCGCCUCCAGACACAUGUUCAUGAUCAUCAGGAGCGACACAAGGUGAGCUCUUUUUACUCAUAAUCUAACUUUUCUCACACACGGUACAGACAUAAGUCUAAUCUUAUCGAGAAAGAACAUAAAUAGUCUGUCUGCUCUCGGUGUUGCAACAACUGAACUCAUAUAUCGAUCCGUCUCUUCCCACAAAAAUAACCGGCAGAGCUUCAUUAAAGAAACUGUCUUUAAUCUGUUCAUGUUUUAUUUAUAAUCUGCUCUGUACAUGUGGAUUAAAACAGUAUGAAUCUGAUUAUUUGUGUCUUUUCCAGAGGGCGAUAUUGACCAGCGAGGAGCAGGACGACUUCGAGGUACGUCCCUUCUCUUCUUGUUGUUUGAGCCUCUGCACUGUGACAGAGUUUAACCUUAUCAAACGGUCAAUAUUCAGCUGUUUGAAGAGAUUCUUGUGACUGUAGGGUUAUUGACUUUAUCCUGCUCUAAUCCAGCUUGGCUUCCUUUUUGUUUUUUGGUAGUUUUCUCUACCUAAAUUUCUCCGUAAAAUGUGGGCCUUUCAUCUUUUUGAUAAAUUUUACUGAAGCUAAGAAUGAAGUGAGCUCAAAAAAACUAAAACAUCACACAGUAAAACCAGGCCUGAAAAACUGAAGCUGUUUUUAUUUACUAAAUUUACUCUUUACUGUUUAAUUUAAAAAAAAAAAAUAGCUGCUCUAAGCCCGAACUUUAAGCUCUAUCUAUCCGAUCAUGCUGUUCCCAAAAUACAAACUGUUCUUUAAAUUUAACAACCUCAUAUCAUUAGGCAACUAAUUUUGUGAGUUAUUAAAUAUACUUUAAUGAUUAAAACACUUUGCAUAAACACAGUGUUGUAAUUUUAGGCUCAGUAUGAAUAAAGUGAGUUGAAAAUUUUGCAAAAAGCAUCCAUGAGUUUUGGAUUUCAGGCUGAAGUGUUUCAGUUUUCAGUCUAUGUUGAGACAAACACGAUGCAGAGCAGAAACUAUAAAGAAACGCUUUAACCUCAUAUAUUAAUCUUGGACGACGCAUAAGAUUCCAAAGCUUCUGAUAAAGUUAAUACAACAACCAACUCAACUAAAAAUGCAACUUAUCAAGGAGUCAAAGGUAAAGAAUUUAGCCUCAACCGCCCAUACUAGUUUUGGACACGGUGUACUUUUCUUUAGGGUUGUAUUUACAAAGCUCCAAACAUCAACAAAUUUGUGUCUGACCCUAAAAUGCAAAUUCUACCAGAUUUAAGGCUGAGAGAGAAAGUUUCAACCUCCCAUACUACGUUUGGAGACUGUUAGAAUCUAAAAGGUUGAACUUACAUACCAGAACUGAAGAAACUUCUUGGAUAAGAGGCGAAAUGUCUUCUCAACUCUACACAGUCCAGUCGCCUGAUUUUGGAGCCUUCAAGAAAAAAAAAAAAAUACAUACCAGCAAAAUUUUUAAUCUACAAAUAUAAUUGAGAGAGACCAGGCAAAUUCUGCUGUGUCAAAGUAUGGGUACAAAAUAAAAGUUCCUCACAGCUUUAAGGUCAGUGCAGAAACUCAUCUCUGCAACUGAUAAGAAUUAGAGAAAAAAGGAGAUUUCAAAGAUAGGAUCAUAAAGUUUUUUACUUUUUUUUGUGGAUAUCUUCUUCUUUAGGCCAUCCGCGGAGAUGACAUCACAGUCAAAAGCUAUAAGGUGGAGAGUCGCAUCACGUCUCGCUUUGCCCACACCACCGUCAGGAGCUCGGUCGUCAACUCAGGCUCCAAAGCUCAGAGCAUCGGCUUCAAUGUCCAGAUCCCUAAAAGAGCUUUCAUCACCAACUUCACCAUGUGAGACCAGCUACAAACAAUCUAAAAUAUAUUUCAGAAAGGGAAUGUUUUGACCUUUGCAUGUCUUUGUUGCAGGAAUGUGAACGGGAUAACAUUUGUGGGAUCGGUUAAAGAGAAAACUGUGGCAAGGAAUCUUUACGCCCAGGCCAGAGCCAGAGGAAAGGCAGCAGGGAUUGUCAGGUACUGGACUGGACUCUGAUAUGCUCUGUAAAUCUUGAAUGGCUCCACUUUGACUGAAAUGUUUUGUCUCCACAGAGCGAACUCUUUGGACAUGGAGACCUUUAAGACAGAAGUCCACGUUCCUCCUGGCAGUCACAUUGAGUUUGAGCUUCACUACCAAGAGAUGAUGCAAAGGAAGUUGGGCUUCUACGAGCACUCGCUGUACCUGCAGCCUGGGAGGCUGGUGCCACAGUUCCAGGUAAAAACAUCAUUACAUACUGUUUCUGAGGCUCUUCUUCGUUCUUGAAAUACACUCUGAUACAUUUUUUUUUCUAUAGGUGGACGUGUACAUCUUUGAGCCGAAGGGGAUUUCGAUGGUACAAACGCCCCACACCCUCGGAGAGAAUUUUGCAAACCUGAUCAAAGUCACAAAUACAAAAGACAAGGUAAGACUGAAAAACACCGGAGUCAGAGAGAACUUUUACCACUUAUUUCUCCUUCAAACCUGACCAAAAGCUGUUUUUUUUUUCUUAUAUCCUGAAGGUGAUAAUAUGAAAACACAUCUACGUUUGAUAAAGAUGAUCACCUUAAAACUCCUUAUGUUUAAUCCUACAGGCUCACAUUCAUUUCAAGCCAAACCUGCAGCAGCAGAAGAAGUGCGACAACUGCACAGGGAGCGCUAUAGACGGUGCCUUUACUGUGAGAUACGAUGUGAACAGAGACAGCAAUGCUGGGGAACUUCAGGUAUCACCAUUUGGGAUUUGCAUUUCUUAGGGGACCUCUGUUUAUCAUCUGGUAACAGUCAAAAAAAGUUUGAAGAUUAAAACUCAAGCUUCCACUGCUUCUUUCUAGGUCUCUGAUGGUCAUUUUGUUCAGUUUUUCGCUCCUACCAACCUCUCACCUCUUCCUAAAAACAUUGUGUUUGUCAUUGACGUCAGUGGGUCCAUGUGGGGAGUCAAGAUGAAGCAGGUAAGACAUUUGUUUUUGUUUAAGAGGAUGAGGUUUUGUGCUCUUUGGCCCCUUCAACCUGCUCCUUGCUUAAUUUUCUUUGCUACUUUAUGACGCACUCCCAUCUAGUGGUCAUCCUUCAGAAUUGAUUGAAUUUAACAUACUCCAUAUGAUUAAGCCUGUAGCAGCAUGUAUGAAACUGCUCCAAGCCAAGCCUAAAGCAGCGUAACAGGAAGUUGUGAUUUUUUACAGCGCUUAUGAAGCUCAGAAUCACAGCAAAGAUGAUGGAAACCAGACUACUCUUACAACAUAAUUUACAGAUAAUGGAAAGAAAGAGUAACCAUUGGUAAAUCAAACAUCCUUGCAGUCAAGACUUAUAGCAACAUAACAAAAACUGUUCUAAGCCAAGGCUUACCCAGUCUCUGAUUUACUGUUACAGGGGAGCAGAGAGGUUUUCAGCCUCUGAGACCCAAGCUUCGAUAAAGCAGAAGCUUGAUGGUCAAAGCCCCUGCCUCCCAUUUUAGUUUUGGAGACUGUGUAGGGUAAUUUUUACAUAGUUAACGUCCAAGUGUUCCUGCACUCAAAGCCUAUAGCAGCUUAAGUAGGAGCUGUCUCAGGCUGCUUAGUAAGUUGUAAACCUACUUCCAUAUCAGUGUGUCUGCCUCCCAGAUCUUAACACCAGGAUGACUCUCCAGUAAAAGUACAUGCUAAUUCACAGCUCUUCCUCCCAUACUACAUUUUGAGACUAAACAAAGAGAAACUCCAUUUCCACUCACAGACAGUGGAGGCCAUGAAGGCUAUCUUGGAUGACCUGACCAUUGACGAUCACUUCAGCAUUGUUGAUUUUAACCACAAUGUGCGCUGCUGGAGCGAGGAGCUGGUCCCUGGUUCCUCCAUUCAGAUUGAAGAUGCCAAGAACUACGUCCAGAACAUCAAACCCAAUGGAGGUAGAUAAGAUAUCUUCCUGUAGCCUGACAAAGCCAAACAAAACACGGAUGUACUGAUGACUAUACUUCACUGAUUGUUCAUUCCAGGUACUAAUAUCAAUGAGGCUCUGAUGAGAGCAGUUCAGAUGCUGGUGAGGGCGUCCAAUCAGGGGCUCAUAGACCCUCGAUCAGUCUCCAUGAUCAUCCUAGUGUCCGAUGGUGAUCCAACUGUGGGUAAGACUGAGAAAAUACUCACUCUUCUACUGUUUCGGUGUAAACAUUUGGAAGAGACCAGCUGGUGAAAAUGAAUCAACUUAAAGUGAUUUUUUUCCAGGUGAGAUAAAGCUGAGCACCAUCCAGAAGAACGUGAAGCGGGUGAUGAGGGAGGAGUACUCUCUCUUCUCUCUUGGUAUCGGCUUCGACGUGGACUAUGACUUCUUGGAGCGCAUCGCCAUGGAGAACAGGGGCAUGGCUCAGAGAAUCUACGCCAACCAUGAUGCUGCAGACCAACUACGGGUACGACAACUUCAGGAACAACCUACCUUCUUUCAUCACACAUCAACAUUUACUUUCUGCUACUAUUUCAUCCACCAAUUAGACCACUUGUUUUGAUAUUUGCCAGUUUGGGUUCAAAUGUCAUUUCAAAGCUUUAAAAGAACAUGAUGGAACAUAAAUGAGGGUCAACUUUUAUGUUCUCGCUCUCUCUCUGCAGACAUUUUACAGUCAGGUCUCCUCUCCGCUGCUAAGACGAAUCACUAUCCAGUUCCCAGAGGACAGCGUCUCAGACGUUACCCAGAACAGCUUUGAUAAAUUCUUCGGCGGAUCGGAGAUAGUGGUGGCCGGAAAGGUGCUGCCGUCUGACAGCAACACUUUGACAAGCUUCACUACUGCAGCUGCUGUAAGUACAAUGGGUACAACCUCAUAUUUACUUCAUAUAGAAAUCCCCCAAACUCAUAAGAAGUUCUUGCGAUCAUCUCAUGCUGCAGGCCCGCCUUGACAUCACCCUGGAGACUGAGGCUGACACCUUAGUGCUGGACCAGGAGCUGGCCAAGCAGCAGCACUCAUUCACAGGCUUUGCAAGGCAGCUGUGGGCCUACAUCACCGUCAAACAGCUGAUCUCUGAAAGGUGAAGAUGAAUGCCAAUCCAUUCCCUCAGGAUUACAUUCAAGAUUCAAGCAAAGUCAAUCAGAUAAUUCUGUGUAUCUAACUGUGGUAGUGUGUCUCUCCUGCAGGUCUCUGGCUCCCACUGCGGCCAAGAAAAGGAAGAUCACACAGCGGAUCAUGGCGCUGGCUGUGGAGCAUCAGUUCGUCACUCCUCUUACGGCUAUGCUGGUGGAAAGUGAAGACGCCAAAGAGAGGCUGUUGGCCGACUUUCCUAAAGACCCCAAACAUGGCUGCUGCUCAGGUGCCUAGAAAAAACUCACUCUUGUUUGGUUGACGUUGAAUCGAUCGACAACAAAUGCACCUCUUUACUUCCAUUCUUUGUCCUGGGGGUGUAGGAUUGGGAGGAGGACCAGGAGGCUCAGCGUCUUCUAAUAUGGGACCGGUCCAAGUUGUCUACCAGCCUCCACCCUGGGUCCAGAUGACGACCACAGCUACCCCGAGCGAGGCCGCCAAGGGUCCAGAGGAGCUGGCCGUGCCCCAGCAGAUCAACUUAGGUACAGAUGUAGUGAUAGUGUCUGUUAACUUUUCCAGCCGUUGUGUUAAAUGUGAUCAUGACCGCAUGUGUAAUGAGUUUUUCCUCAUUCAGUGGAUAACGACCCUCACUUCAUCGUCCACCUGCGCAGAAGUAACACAUUCGUCUGCUUCAACAUCGACUCCACACCGGGGCACAUUCUCAACCUGGUUUCUGACCCUGGAACUGGUAACUGACAGAACAGUAUAGAUAUUUUAUAUAUUUACCACUUUUUCAGCUGUAGUUACUCUUCGACUUGUCGCCCUCUGUAGGUUUGGUGGUGAAUGGUCAGCUGAUUGGCUCAAAGAAGGUCAAAAAAGGCAAAAUGAACACCUACUUUGGCUCCAUCUCGGUCUACUACCAGCCCGAUGGAGUCAGUGUGACUAUCAGCACCAACAGCAUCACCCUGAAUGACGGCAUGAACAACCAGUCCUUCACCUGGAGGGCCACGGCUGAGAUCACGCAGGACGGGUAACAGUCCACAAAAUUACGCUCGAUUGAGUCCCUCUCAUCAGUUUAUCUUAUAUUUCUACGUUCCUUUGUUUUAGAGUGAGGAUUUCCAUCGUGAAGAACUCUCAUGUUACCAUUGUAAUAAACAACAACAUCCAGGUGAUGGUGCUGCUUCACCGUGUGUGGAAGAAACAUCCAACCAAUGUUGACUUCCUUGGUAUCUACAUCCCCAAUGACAACCGGUACUCCCCUCUGGUCCACGGACUCAUAGGUACGUCCCUGUGGUUCUCAGAUUCUCAGCAGUCCAACAACUUUGAAUUCAGGGUUCAAAUGAAAGUAAGGACAUUGCUGAUCCUGAUUUACUUACAAAUUUUGAGCUAAAAAUGUUUGUUACCACCACCCCUCAGGGCAGUUCCACAGAGAGCCGAACCUGACCGUGUACGACAUGCAUGACGGGGCUGACCCUCUGAAGAAGGAGGCAACCAUGGAGGUGAAGGGCAACACGCUGCAGGUCACCAGGUAAGUUCAAACUCACGUUAAAAAGAGCUUUUGAACGCAUCUUCACAGAAACCGUCAACUUCUCUGUGCUUGUUUUAGGGGCUGGCAGAAAGACUACAGGCUCGAUAACAAACGUGGCACAAAUGUCUACUGCUGGUUCAUCCACAACAGCGGGAAGGGCUUCAUCGACGGUCACUACACCGACUACAUCGUCCCCAAUCUCAACAGCUUCCUGUACACGCACUGAGCAGCUCAGACGGACGUUCAAGUACCAGCUGCUGCUAAUAAACCUCCAUAAGUUAGACAGUUAGAAACAAGGCGAGUGUCUGUGUCCACCUUCACCUCCAGGAUUCAGUUUUUCUUUUACAAUGUUAGACGUUUCCUUCUUAAUCAUUUUCAAAAAUACAAACAACAGGAGUCACUUUUGAUAACAUUUAUUCGGAGAAAAUGUACAUCUGCAAAUUUAGGAUCAACUUGAACAUUAAUACAAAAUAAAAAACAAGUUGAACACAUUGC